AUGGAAGACAGAGCAAUACAUACUUCUCCAACACGAUGGUUGCACUACUAUUCAUCAACUACAGACACUGCAAACUCAGGAUUGCAAAAAGUUGAUACAAGAUGGCUGAACAAAACUUAUUUCCCAAAACAAGCUAUCCAACUUGAGUCCUUUGAAGGUGACAAUUUGAUAACACAAAGCAAGCCAUCGAUGUUCUCACGACUAUUAUCGAAAUUUAGAAGUAUAGGUAAAAAAGAAAUCGUACCUCCAAACUAUAGGUCACUGUCUAUUUUGUCUGAAAAGAUCCAUAAGAAUCAUUCUGUAAGUGCUUUCUUCCCAUCAACAACUUCUAAGGAAACGCCCUAUGAAAACAUAUUUUCUCCACUGGUUGAUAAACCCAUGGAUACCAUCGAUACAAUUCAAGAAAAUAAUUGUACAAUGGCAUUUAUUAAACACGAUUGUCGCACGGAGUCAAAUUUCUUUAGCAGCGAUUUUUUUAGAGAUAGCGUUAGACCAGUUAUUGAUUACGAUGAAAGUGAAAUUACAGAUUAG